UCCCGCGACGCGACUCGCCAAGUCGCGAGCUCUCCUCCCCCCUCGGCCCCUCCCGCCGGCUCACCACGCCCUUACAGGUGGCCCCCUCCCCCCUCCCGGAGCCCGGCUCCACCGGUCAUCCACUCCAGCCGCGGACUCCCACGCCCCCUUUGGCGGCGCAAACCCGCAGCGGCGCACGGGACCACGCGGCCGGGCGGAACGGGCGCCGCCGCCUCUCCCAUCCACCACGCCCGCCACCACGCGCGCUCUCCUCCACGUGACCCGCGCCACCACCACCACCACCACCGCCACCGCUCAGCCCGCGGCCGAUGGCCCAAGUGCCCAACCCCCCCGCACCCAGAAAAACCGAACCGACCGCCCCACCACCACCACCACCACCCAUACCCCUCCUCCGCCUCCCCUCACCUUAUCCCCCCCACACCCGAAUCCGCCUCCACCACCACCGCCGCCGCCGCCGCCUCCUCCCCAAAAUUAUUGCCCCCCAGAUCUAGAUCUGAAUCGACGCCGCAGCCGUGACUGAGAGGAUGGCGCAGGAGGCGGCGUCGGCGGCGGCGGGGGAGGAGGGGGCGCUGCCGCAGCGGAGGAGGAAGAGCGCGCCGGGGCAGCCCUGGGCGCACAUGGAGACCAUGCACCUCCUCGACGCCUACGAGGAGCGGUGGACGAGGCUGCGCCGGGGGCAGCUCAAGGCGCAGCAGUGGGAGGAGGUGGCCGCCGACGUCGCCGCGCGGUGCGCCGCGUCGGGGGCCGCGCUGCGCAAGACCGGGACGCAGUGCCGCCACAAGCUGGAGAAGCUCCGCAAGCGCUACCGCAUCGAGGGCGCCCGCCCCGUCACCUCGCUCUGGCCAUACUUCCGCCGCAUGGAGCGCCUCGAGCGCGGCCCGCUCCCUGUCUCCUCCGCCUUCCCCCCGCCGCCGCCCGCCGCCUCCCCACCCGCCGCCGCCUCUGACGACGACGACGACGACGAGGAGGAUGACGAAGAAGAAGAGGAAGUGGAAGAGCCCAUCCCCCGGAACAACACCAGGAGCAUCAACGGCAUCCUCCGGGACAGCGGCGGCGGCGGCGGCGGGUUCAGCGGCUUCGCCCCUCGCCCACCGCCGCAGCAGCCGCCGCCAUCCUUCGCGAUGCUCUCCACCGCGCCUCCCCGGAAGAGGGUCCCCUACGAGGCAUUUCAAGCCAAGGUCGCCAUGGCAGACAAGGUGAAGGAAGAGGAGCCACCUCCGGUAGCAACCCGCCCCGGGGGGGGUACCAACGAGCAGCUCUCCGCUGUGCUAAGGGAUUUCGGCCAGGGGAUCAUGCGGCUCGAGAGGCGGCGCAUGGAGAUGCAGUGGGAGAUCGAUCGUGGGUGGAAGGAAACCGAGGCCCGCCACAACAGGAUGCUUCUUGAUGCUCAGCGCCACCUCCACGAGGCUCUCGCCGCCACGCCGCCGCCCCUCAAGAAGGCCAGGAGGGAGCACGGCGGAGACGGCUCGUAACAAACCAGCAGCUGAUUGUUGCAGCUGAUUGUUGCGGACUUGCAGCUGCUUAGCUUAAUUUGGUGGUGUGAUGGUGAGUGAGGGGGUGUCUCCUAGUAUGUUCAGGAUGCAUUCAGUAGCAGGAUGUAUUUAUCAGGCUGUACUUAUCGUUAGUAUAUGUGCUAAUUUGCCUUAGCAAAGUUGACAAAAAAAAUAUCUGUGAUGCCUAUGCACUCUGUCCAGGUGAUGUGUUUGCAUGGUGAGGAGUACUGAUUUAGUUUGCUAAUUUGGUUACAUCUCACUUGUGCUUGUGUUUCACAGUUUUCUCCAUGUUUUUGCUUCUAGUGUACAAAUGUUUUGCUUUUA